CGAACAGGAACACGGAACAAACAGCUGGCUUUGAGCUGUUUGUCUUCUGCACGCUGUACAUACAAGGUUAUGGAGGAACUCUGGAAAAGGGCAGCUAUCAUGGGACGGCAGCGAAGAGGCAGUGAAGGUCUGAGGACAGUUAACAUCCUCUGCGUGCUCUUCAAUCCGCAGACCGUGGUGGAGCUGCUCGAACGGACUCAAACAGAAACUGAGGACACACGGUGCCUGCUGUUUUUCCUGCCGUCUGUCCUGUCUGGUGCUGAUUCUUUACCUGUGGUGGGACAGAUGGGCGGCAGUAUCACUCUGAAGUGUAAUUCUGACAACACACAGGACCCCAUCCUGACAUUUGGGACCAGAAUUGCUUAUGGUGUCAAUCAGGAUGAACACUUCAGGGACCGUGUGCACAAGACUGACACCUGUGACCUCAUCCUGCAAGACUUGAAGACCACCGAUGCUGGAAAAUACCUUUUAAAGGGGUUUGUCGAGGGUGAACCACUAUUCCCCUACAGUUAUGAGCUCUCUGUUGAUGUUAAAUUAACAGCUCGGGAAGGUGAAGAGGUGAAGCUUGCUGAUCUGCCGGGUGAUGCUGAGAGCGUCGAGCAUUUAUCAAACACCGGCUCGACAGAUGUGUGGAGGAGAAGGAUGGGUGUCCUGACUGAUCGCCUGAUGGACAAGGAUGGUCACCUGAUCAUUAGGAGCUACACUUCAAGAGACACUGGAACAUACAGAGUCCUGAACUCAACAGGAGGAGUCCUGGUCACUGUGACCCUCACCGAAUCAGAAAGAAACCAGCACCGUACACAUUCUGACAUACCUGAUGACACUGAACGAGUUCAUGCUAGUAUUGGCGUUGUGUUUCUGGUAGCUCUGAUGCGGUUCUUCAGGCUCUAGCAGUCAGGACUGCUGAAAGGAUCAUUGGUGCUCCUCUGCCUAUUUGUACCACACUAUUUGUACCAUAUUUUGCAUAAAACUACAACAGUUUAUCACACCUGUCAUAAAGCAUGCAAAUGAAGUGUCACAGGGACAAAGAAACACAUUCCCACUGAAACUAUACACCUUGUUAGUGGCCAAUCUAUCUAAAAUGGGUGUUAAACGUGCAUCAACCUAGCUCUCUCUUGUGAACACAACAAAGAAGAGACUCAAACUGUAAUUCAUUGACUGGCUUUUUGAGGCUGUUUGCAGAAGGGAGUCCAUGACCAACUUUAAAGCAGGAAAAACAUGUUUACAGCCUAGUGUAAAAAAAAGAGUUUGGUCUUUAUAGCAAAUUUUAUCCUGCAUGACAACUUUAAGGGGGGUGAAUUUUUUUUGUAACUCAUCAGUUUAAAUUAUAUUGAGUCUUGAAGUUUGGCCACUUGAGUGACAGGUGGAUUCCCGCUGCUGUCACUGCCAUGGUGCUAGGUGGGCGUGGCUUCAGCAACCAGCUCCCGCCUAUUGCUCAUUUUCAACUGUCCGGGAGAGUCGUGAGUCGCUGCUAAGAUGUCGACGGCUAGCUCUGCACACUUUGAGCUUUAAAAACGCUCUUCAGGAGUCUACGGGUUAUGCCACAGACACUACGUCCAUGUUUUAAUGCUGUCUAUGGUGUUACAGGGAAACCAGAAAAACCUCUUCCACACACAAAAAGUGCACUUCUCUUAACUUGUGGGUCCCUGGAGACACCCAUCAGUUUGGAAAUCUGUUGCUAGCUGUGAACAAUGUGCUGUGUGUCUCUCUUUGAAUGUAUUUGACAUGCUGGCUCCUGUGUGUUAAGCUGUAGUGAAAAUGCUGUUAGAUCUCAAGUCUUUCAUAGAGUGCUGUUAGCCACAUGUGCUUGGAGAGGUGUGACCCCGAUGUCAUCACGGGAACCUAAAGAACUGAAAAAUCUUUUUUUCUUUUUUCUUUUUUAUAAAGGUGUCAUAGUUAAUAUGUUCACCUCACAAAGAUUUUCUAUAAGAUGUGGUGUCAGACAUGGUUGCCCGAUUUCCCCUUUUUUAUUUAUUUUGGUUACUGAAUUAUUAUCAUUAAGUGUUAUACAUAAUCAGAAUUUUAAAGGUAUCUCCAUCUUUGAUAGGGAAACUAAAAUCUUAGCUAGUGGAUGAUACCACUCUUUUUUUUAAAAGAUAAAAGUCAACUUUCUAUAGCCAUUCAGAUAAUUAAACAGUUCUCGUGUGCUUCUGGGUUAAGGUUAAAUUUGUCCAAAUGUAUUUAUAUUAUACAAAUGUAAUAUUUGUAUAAUAUUAUUUAUUCAAAAAUGUAAUUGUGUUAAACAUAUUGUGCCCAUAAAGCACACUGUUGUUUGUGUUACUACCUGUGCACAUUGUCUAGUUAAGUUUAUUUUCUAAAACACCUGAGUGCUUUAUGCAUUUUAGACCAUGUGUCUUAAAUUAGGAUACAUUUUUUAAUCGAAUUAAUUACAUGAUAUUUUGAUUAAUCUAAUUAAUUGCAUUUAAAGUCAUUCUUGUGCAAAGCAUCAAACAGAGAUUACAAAAAGUAGGUUCAGCAAGAAAUAUUUAGCUUGAUAAAAUGUAUUACAUGUACUCUUUUGGACGAUGUGGGUAAAUGAUGACAGAAUUGUCUUUUUGGUUGGGUGAACUAUAACUUUAAUCAUUCAUUUUCUUCAUUUCAUUAUUAUUACUGUGAAAAUAUGAAAUUAUUUAUUUAAUGAAAUGAUACUCUAAAUAAUAAACUAAUACUGCCAGUAGGUGGUGGUAAGUGUCUUAA